AUGAAAACCCAGAUACUUCCCACAACUCUGAGGAAGAGGGCACACCUGCUUUUAGCUGCAGGUAUAAAUUUUAGUCUCCCAGCCCCACUCUAGAACACUCAGCUACUACUGACACCAUGAAGUUCAGCCUGUUCCUUGCCCUCUGCUUCCCCUUCUGCCUGGUGGGCAUCGCCAGCUCAGAAAAGACCUCAGCCCAUCUCGAGCGAGAGGCUCCCCAGGAACUGCUCCAAACUCUGCCUGCCCUGUGCCGGCUCCCCCCCGUCGAGGGCCCCUGCCGAGGCCGUUUCUACCGCUAUUUCUACAACUCUACAGCCCAUGAAUGUGAGCACUUCACCUACGGUGGCUGUCGGGGCAAUGCCAACAACUUUGAGACCACAGAGAUGUGUCUGAGGGUCUGCAAACCCCCCGGUGAGUCCUCUUACAGAAACGGCAGAAGCAAAGGUGGCCAUCGGGUGGUGGUGCUCGUGGGAAGGGAGACGGUAGGAUGA